CUGUGUUCCAGGCAGUUCUAUAUAAAAUUUUUGCACGAGUUUUUUUGUAUUCCUUUUUUGUUGUCGUUGAUCAUUAGCUCAUUAUUAAGAUAUCAAGAGUGUGUAUUUUGUUUAUUUAAAAGGAAAAUGCUCAUAGCAGUGAUUUUGCUGGUUCUAACCACAAUUCUAAUUUGGAGAUUUCAUAAAACAAGAAACUACCCACCAGGACCAUGGGGAGUUCCAAUACUCGGAUAUCUACCAUUUUUAAACCCUCGUGUCCCUUAUAAGACUCUGGAAGAACUGGCUAGAAAAUAUGGUCCAACUUAUUGUCUCUCAUUAGGAAAUAUCAACACUAUAGUUCUUUCAGAAGCAUCUGUUAUUCGUGACUUCUUUCGACGUGAGGAAUUUACAGCAAGAGCUCCACUUUUUGUUACCCAUGGUAUAAUGGGUGGAUAUGGCAUUAUUUGUGCUGAAGGGCCACUUUGGAAAGAUCAGCGUCGUCAGAUUAUUGACUGGCUCAAACGCAUGGGAAUGGUAAAAUUUGGUCCAUCUAGGACAGAACUUGAAAGAAGAAUUCGCAUAGGCGUCGAUGAUUUCAUCAAGACCUUGCAUGAAGAGUCUUCGAAUUCCUUAGAAAUCAAUCCUAUGCACGCGCUUCUCCAUUCUAUGGGCAACAUUGUGAAUGAUUUGGUUUUUGGUAUCACAUACGAAAGGCAUGAUGUCAUCUGGCUAUACCUGCAAGAACUUGCCGAAGAAGGAGUCAAGCACAUAGGGGUGUCUGGUGUGGUUAAUUUUCUUCCGUUCCUUAGAUUUUUACCUUCAAAUAAGAAAACAAUUAAAUUUUUAUUGGAAGGAAAGAAUAAGACUCACAAAAUUUAUGAUCGCAUAAUUGAUGAUUGCAACAAGAGCCUUAAGAUGAAGUCUGACAACGAACAAGUACCAGUGACCAUUCUUAAUUGUUUCUUACAAGAAAAGCAAAAACGACUUGAGGCCAAUGAUCCGAGUGCAAAAUUGUAUAGUGACGAUCAGUUGCGACAUUUACUAGCUGAUUUAUUUGGUGCUGGCGUUGACACAACUUUGACAACGUUACGAUGGCUUCUUUUAUAUUUGGCCAAGUAUCCAAAAUAUCAAGAUGAAUUAAGAAAAGAACUUGCAACAUUUGAGAAGGAUAACAUUUGCUUGGAUGAUAUUGAUAGUAUAGACCUAAUGAAAGCUUGUGUUUCUGAAAUUGAACGCAUUCGGGCUGUGGUACCAUUAGGAAUACCACACGGAACAGUUAAGGACGUGAUGAUAAAUGGCUACAAAAUUGAAAAAAACUCAAUGAUAAUUCCACUGUUAUGGGCAACUCACAUGGAUCCAAACUUAUGGCCAAAUCCCGAAGAAUACAAUCCCUACCGUUUUAUUACAUCUGAAGGCAAAUACUACAGCCCGCAACACUUUAUACCUUUUCAAUCAGGCAAGCGAAUGUGUCCCGGUGAAGAAAUGGCCAAAAUGCUACUUUUUCUCUUUGUCGGCUUGACUCUAAUAAACUUUGAAAUCUAUAUUCCACCGAAUGAGGAAAUCAACAUGGAAGGUGAAUGUGGAAUAACCUUAACACCACCUCCUCAUAAACUACUAUUUAAACCACUUUCAAAAUGAGAAUACUUUUUUUUUAUUAAAAAUAUUUGUUUUAUUUUAAUUUCUUACAUAAUAAAAAGAGAUACAUCAUAACAACAAUUAUUUAAAAAAAAAAUAAAAACAAUGCAAUAAACUUAAUAUUAUUUAGGUUUAUAUAUUGUAAAACAAAAAUGUUUGUAAGUUAAUGAACACAAAAAGAAAUUAAAUAUUAUUGUACAAUGAAUUGUUUUAUUACUCUAUAAUUGGCACUCAGAAUUUUGUUUUUAUUCGAAUUAAAUAUUUUAUAGAUACAUUUAUACACUAUAAA